GUAUGUUUCAGCUAUCCAAAAGAUGUCUUCACAUUGAACUACAUGAGCAGAAUUCGAUUCUUGCUCAACAUGAUUGCGUCAUGGCCUAACCAGGAAUUUGGUGGCUCCAAAAUUAAGUGUCAAGGGGCAUCAUUAUACCGAUGUUUACUUAUCACUUUUGUGGUGCUUAACAUGACCACAACUAUAUCUUACCUGCAGAAGUAUGUGAACCAUGAUUUGGCGCACUCGUAUGUCAAUAUGAUGUUGGCUAGCGUAUAUCUUCAAAGAUUAUUCCUGCCGUUCCAGAAAAAGUACUGUUUAAUGAUAAAAAGAUUUGUUUUGGAAUUUCAUUUAAUCCACCACAAGCAAAAAACGGAAAACGCUGCACAGGUAUACCAUCGGGUCAACAGAAUUUGUGCCAUCGUUACUGCAGUAAGCGUGUCACACACAGCCGGCUUACCGCUGUUUUAUAACGGCAUUCCUUUAUACAACAAUAUAAAAGCCGGAAUGUUCACCAAACACAGACCGACCAAUGGCACAUUCCAGCACUCUGUUUACUUCGACUUGCCUUUCGACCAGUAUGGAACCUUCGAUGGUUAUCUGAUUGUGUUCUUUUACAAUAUCUACGUUUCUUACAACGCUUGUAUUGGAAUUUGUAUGUACGAUGCGUUAGUUUUUUCCAUCGUGUUCCAUAUUUGGGGUCACAUAAACAUACUUGUACAUGACCUGAAACAGUUCCCUCUUAAAACUCCUCAAGCCUUCACGAUGACGGCUCCAGGUCAGAUUACGCAAGAGGACAUGUUUGGUCGGUUAAAGGACAUUGUGAGACAUCAUCAAAUGAUCAAAGAAUUUAUGAGAUGCACUUCAGAAGCGUUUAGUAUCUCAUUGUGUUGUUACCUCCUGUUUCACCAGCUGAGCGGUUGCGUCUUACUCUUGAAAUGCUCUUCACUGGACCCAAUUGCUCUGGGAAGAUAUGGAUUAUUAACGAUUAUGGUGUUUCAACAAUUAAUAGAAACAUCAGUCAUUUUCGAACUUGUCAACUCAAAGAGUGACACUCUCGCCGACCUUGUGUACGGGCUGCCGUGGGAGGACAUGGACCUGAGGAACAGGAGGCUCGUGUCGAUCCUCCUCCACAACGUGCAGAAAUCACUGGCCUUGAAGGCCGGAGACAUGGUGCCGGUCGGCGUGCUGACUAUGUCUACGAUAAUAAAAACUUCGUGCUCUUAUUUCAUCAUGUUAAGAACAUUGACGGACGAAUGAGACGGAGAAGACAUGUGCAU